AUGAGAUGGCAUAAAGAGGUACGAAAAAAUGAAGUUGGGAUUUUACGUCAUCCUACUGAUGGGGAUGCUUGGAAGCAUUUCGACAAUGUUUAUCCUGACUUUGCAGUUGAGUCCAGGAGUGUACGAAUGGGGUUGGCGUCAAAUGGGUUUAACCCUUUCUCUAAUAUGACAUCAACCUAUAGUUUGUGGCCAGUGAUAUUAAUUUCGUACAAUAUGCCACCUUGGGAUUCUCCUAAUGGAACAAACUAUCUCAUGUCUUUGUUAAUUCCAGGUCCUAAAUCUCCUGGAAAAGAUUAUGAUGUGUUCUUGAAGCCGUUAAUUGAAGAGCUUAAAGAGUUAUGGGAUGGAGUCAAUGCAUAUGAUUUGUAUGGUCAAUGCAUGUUUAAACUUCGAGCUGCAGCCUUGUGGACAAUUAGUGAGUUUCCCGCUUAUGCAUACUUGUCUGGGUGGAGCACUGCUGAAUAUGACGGAUCUACUGAAUUACGUGGCCCUCCUAGAACUUUUAUUGGUGAUGAUAUUUUAAAGCAAUUGGAAGAAAUUCCUAUUCAUACCCCUGGUAAAGCACCAAGUAAUUCUUCUAAAAAACGUAAGCGUGGAGAGAAAGAGCUGAAUUGGUAUAAAAGAAGUGUUUUGUUUGACUUGCCAUACUGGUCAAAGCUCUUGCUGCGUCAUAAUCUUGAUGUGAUGCAUAUAGAGAAAAAUGUAUGUGAUAACAUUAUUGGAUCACUUUUAGACAUUGAAGGUAAAUCAAAAGACAAUUUAAAAGCUCGUAUGGAUUUGCAAAAUCUUAAUAUUCGUGAAGAGCUUUGGCUGAAGAAUGACCCUUCUAAUAACAAGCUUGAAAAACCUUAUGCUAGUUACACUUUGACGAGCGAAGAAUGCAAAGAUUUUUGUAAAUUCAUUCAAAGUGUUAGAUUACCAGAUGGAUAUGCUUCGAAUAUUAGUCGAUGUGUAACAGAUAAUGACAAACUAGGAGGAAUGAAAACUCAUGAUUGUCAUGUUUUACUUCAUAAGAUAUUACCAGCUGCAUUACUUCCUUUUCUGACAGACAACAUUCGUGGUACUUUGAUUGAACUCUGCCAAUUCUUUCAAAAAAUUUGUGCAAAAACAUUACAAAUUUCUGACAUAGAAGAAUUGAGAGAUGGAAUUGUAAUAAUUUUGUGCAAGUUGGAAAAGAUAUUUCCCCCAUCAUUUUUUACCAUAAUGGUUCAUCUUUGUGUUCACCUACCCGAUCAAGUGUUAUUAGGUGGUCCAGUUGCUUCGAGAUGGAUGUUUGGGACAGAACGCCAUAUGGGUUUGUACAAGAAAUAUGUGAGAAACAUGUCUCGGCCUGAUUGUUCAAUAGCAGAAGCUUUUGUUGUAGAUGAAGCUGUAACUUUCUUGUCAAGAUAUGUUUCUAACAGAGACAAGAUUCACAAGACCCGAGCUGAUCAUAUAAAGUUGUUGGAAGAAAAAGGUCUUUCAGAUUCAGAAGUUGCCUUUGAGCACAAAGAACAAUUUCCUUCUUGGUUUAAGAAUAAAGUGUCUCAAAUGCAAGUUCAAAAAUCACCUCUUGUUAAUGAUGAUUUGUACUCUUUAUCUCAAGGACCACUUGAACGAUACAACACCUACCAAAGUUGUAUUGUAAAUGGUGUUCGAUUUCGAUGUAAAGAGUGUGAUGAUACUCUUAAGACACAAUGUUCUGGAAUUUGCACUGAAGGUGAUCAUGACAAUAUUAAUAUCCUAUAUUAUGGUGUCUUGAUUGAGAUUUUGCAGUUGUCAUUUGUUUUAGAUCGAAAGGUGUUCUUAUUUUGUUGCAAGUGGUAUAACUCCAAUCCAAAAGGUAGAUCAAUUGUUGUGAAUCAUAAUUUGACUUCCAUCAAUACAUCUACUGAUUGGUAUUCUAAUGAACCAUUUAUCUUGGCAACUCAAGCACAACAAGUUUUCUAUUUGCUUGAUAUGAAGCGUGAAGAAGAAUCAUUUCAAUUGCCACCUUUUCAACCAACUGAGGAUUUCAUUGAAAGUUCAUCUUUAGUUCGAUUAGAUGUUCCUUCUGUAACUCUUUCAGACCAACUUGUUGUUGAUUUAUUUUCAAACCAAAAUCAAAAUGUUGACAAGGAUAGUGACUUAGAUGAAGAUUUUGAUGAAGGAAAUAUAUUCUGUAAUAAUGAAACAUUUCUCUCAAGUGAUGACACUAAAAGUUCUACAGAAUCAGAAUGUGAUGAUGAUGCAGAUUCUUAA